GCGACCAUAGAUGUUCUGCCUGCCAGAUUCAUCGUAAAUAUCGAUUAUCACACCGGUGUUUUAAUGUCACGCCCAGAUAGGUGCUUAUCGCCAUGGAUUUGCCAUAUAAACGCCGUUUGGAACGCAUCUUGAUUUUUGCUGCUGCAAUUCUGUCACCUGCCUUCACGGUCCUGUGCAAUGACAUCCUCGGCCUGAAGAUGGCAGGAGAGCCGGUGCUCACCCCCAACGCCGUGUGCCUGCGCCUGGCCGGCCUGAGCAAGCGGCAGAUGCGCCUGUGCAUGCGCAGCCCCGACGUCACCGCCUCGGCCUUGCAGGGCAUUCAGGUGGCCAUCCACGAGUGCCAGCACCAGCUCCGGGACCAGCGCUGGAACUGCUCAUCCCUGGAGAGCCACGGCAAGCUGCCCCUCCACAGUGCCAUCCUCAACCGGGGUUUCCGUGAGAGUGCCUUCACCCUGUCCCUGCUGGCGGCUGGCGUGGCCCACUCGGUGGCGUCCGCCUGCAGCAUGGGCAAGCUCCGCGGCUGCGGCUGCGAGGCCAAACGGCGCCUCGACGACGAUAAGAUCCGCCUGAAGCUCACGCAGCUCCAGCUGCAGACCCUGCAGCGGGGCGCCGGUGUGGGCAUGGCGGCGGCGGCGGCAGGGGGAGCCGCAGGAGGGCACCAGCCCGGGUACAUCCCUCCGCACCACCAGGGCGCUGCGUCGGUGUCCGCUGCCCUGCACGCGGCACACCCCUCCACCCUGCUGAAGCCUCUGCCAGAGGAGGUGGCCUCGCUCCAGGACACCUGGGAGUGGGGCGGCUGCAGCCACGACGCCCGCUUCGGGGUGCGCUUCUCCAGAGACUGGCUGGACUCGCGGGGCUCCCCAAGGGACAUCCACGCCCGCAUGAGGAUCCACAACAGCCGCGUCGGUCGACAGAUAGUCACUGACAACAUGAAGAGGAAGUGCAAAUGCCAUGGCACGUCAGGCAGCUGCCAGUUCAAGACCUGCUGGUACGUGUCACCAGAGUUCCGACUCGUGAGCUCUCUGUUGCGGGAGAAGUUCCUGUCAGCUGUCUUCAUCAACUCCCAGAACAAGAACAGCGGGGUGUUUAACCCUCGCGUCGUGGCUGCCACCGGUUCCGGCAACAGCGCCGCCGGAUCCAACCUGAACAGCGGCCGUAGGCGUACGCUGUCCCGCGAGCUGGUCUACUUCGAGAAGUCGCCGGACUUCUGUGAGCCGGACGCGGCCGUGGACUCUCCGGGCACGCACGGGCGCAUCUGCAACAAGAGCAGCCCUGGCAUGGACGGCUGCGACUCGCUGUGCUGCGGCCGCGGCCACAACAUCCUCAAGCAGACGCGCAGCGAACGCUGCCACUGCCGCUUCCACUGGUGCUGCUACGUGCUGUGCGAGGAGUGCCGUGUCACCGACUGGGUCAACGUCUGCAAGUAAGGCGGGUGGCCAGGAGCCUUUGAGGAAUCAACAGCUCUGGCCGGAGGGAAGAAAGGGGAGGCAAUGUGCGCCCAUGUACCCUCCUGGCUCAUGGUGCACUCAGCCACCCAGACGUCCCUCAUCCCUGACUUAUGACUUUAUUUGAGACGGGGAGCGUGUAUGAUCCCUCCCGUGUUACUCUCCCACAGUAUCUGUUUAUUCGCCUCUCCGCUUGUUUUAUCCCAUCAUCUGGGAUCCAUUUUCUUUGUGUUGCUCUUGUUAUUCUCGAAAUGCCAAGUCAGAGAUUGAGGAGGGGGUGACUCAUGUCAUUUGUCUUUCUCUUCGCCUGUUUGGACUUGAGCUUUUCAGCCAUGAAAAUGCCCCAAAAGCCAUCUGCAUUCUUCUCCAAAACAACGCACAACAGCAGGAACAGAUUAUUAUUUUAACAGAGUGGCCACCACCACAGUUUUCAAGUCCUGUGUACAUAUGUGAAAACGUAUACUCAUAACAUUUCUUUCUGCUUUGGCAAUUUCUGCAACCAUUUAUGAGAGCAGAUAAUUAUGCCCAAGCAUGUCUUUUUGGAUGGUGAACUGGUACCAUUCUCAGCAUUAGCUGAAGGCCAACAGUGUGGCAGUGGACAAUGGAUAUACCACUCCUUAAUGGCUUAACUGGAGCAAGUGAACCUUGCAGGACCAUUAUAAAAAUGGAUAUGCCACCCCAGCUUGAACUCUUAACAGCGAGAGCUGAAACUGAGGACUUACCUACAAAGCAAGACAGAGUGUGAAGGAAGCACUUUUGUUUCUUGGAGAUUUCUUUGGCUACAUCAAAUUAAAAACAGAUACAUAUUGUUUCAUGGGGGGAGGGAUGUGGGACGACUGCUGGAUCUUCGUGGAUGCCAGAAGUUAAUGCAAUGAUGGAAGACUUUUAAUCUCCCAAAUGCUGUGUCAAAUUGCAUUUAGAGAAUUGCAAAAGUGGUAACAAUCAUAUUCCAUUUUUUCUCCAGAGCUUUAUAGUGAAUUUACAUAAUUAUAUUGUCUAUACAACUUUUCUGUUUGAGCUGUCGCUACUUGGACUGUAUGCAAGAUAACUGUGUGUGUGUGAGUGUGUGCGUGUGUGUGUGUGUGUGUGUAUGUGUGUGUGUGUGUGUGUGUGUGU